AAAAAUCCAGAGCGCGCUUGGUGAAAUGUGCGGUGUUGGAAACUGUGCUGUGCGCAACUGGAGGCUCCAGCCUGGGACCGGCGGAACUGAGAGACUGAGAGGGUUCAGUGCUUCUCUCAGGGACGACACGGCUGUGGUUCGCUUUGAACCCAGUGUGAAAAGGUACAUUCAUUUGUAUCGAGAGGCCUGAAGAUGACUCAUCUAUGUGGGUUGGUAAGGCAACCAAGUGUAAACGACAGCAGGAGGUGUGCAGCAAAAACGGAGAAAAGAGAGGAAACACUAGAGUGGAGAGUCUGUUGAAAAGCAUCAAAGGUUUGCUGGUCAAAGAAGGUUAGAGAAGACAUACGGGCGGCAAAGACUCAGAUGAGAUGGCAUCACCACUCUCACGCAGAUCUGACUGGAAAGCUGUGAACUAUGGAGAGAAGUGAGAAGACAGAGAAGAAGUGGCGCGGUGUGGAUGAGAUGCUGAAAAGGGAGCAGGAGGAGGGAAAUAAAGAAGAUGAUGUAGUUGUGAGCUGUGGACAAGAGGUGGAUCGACAUGUGGUCUCUGACACUGAGGAUGAGGAAGAGCGAGGAUGCACUCCCCUUAUCAGUGCCUGUCGUAAAGGCAUGACUGAAGUGGUGCAGCGGCUGCUGAACACCGGGGCUGAUAUGACCUUGUGUGACUGCAGGCAGAAGACAGCGCUCCAUGUAAGCCCUCCUGAGCUCCAGGGAAAAGUGUUGGGGUGGAUGUCGAGGCCUCAUCUGCCUCCCCAGGCACAGCUGCUGCAGGCUUCCUGGCAGGGAGACUUAGACUCCUUACAGCAGCUGCUGGCUCAGGCAGACAGGAUGGACGUGAACCUUCCUAACAGCGACAGUGUAACAGCUGUGAUGCUCGCUGUCAGGGACAUUGACCUGUUUGAGAGCACAGCGACACCUUUGCCAUGGGACCACAGACCUGUGGAGGUGGUCAAGGAACUGCUUGGACUCUCAGCUGAUCUGCAGGUACGAGACCACAGUGGCUGCUCUGCACUCCACUACGCUGCUAACAUCAACAGCCCUCUGAAGGAGGAGAUCAUUCCUAUGAUGGUUGAGGCCCUAAGUCACACAGAUGCUGCCCCUGUGUCACCCCUGUCCACUGACAAACACUCGUGCCAGGGUUUGGACUCAGAGUUUGAAGAUUCUGACAUAGAGCUGGACAUUGAGAGCCUUUAUCCUCAUCAGUCGACAGCGACCUCCCCUACGCAGACACACACCCAUCAACACUGCUUUCUACUAUACAGCCACACCGGGGAAGUGCUGGAGUCUCCAGGGUGCCCUCCUCUAUCUGACCACCAUAAAGAUCUCAGUCAAGCAGAUAAGGGGAUCCCCCUCUGUUUCCAAAACGCCAUGGAAACACUGAGAGACAUCAGACAAGCCUACCAGGAGGCAGGGAGAGGAAGCAGAGGAGGUUUGUCUCUGCCGAGCCUGAGCGAAGACAGCAGACGCUGGGGCCAUGUAGAUCCAGCCCCCUCAUGUGGCCUGCUGAGUACCAGGACCCCCUGUGUCCCCGUAACCCCUAGACACAGGCCGCGGACAAGAAGUGUGGUUGCUGCGUGCCCACCCUCCCCCGGCAUGCUGUCCGUCACUGAGCCCACCCAGCUCAGCCAAUCAGCCCCCAGCAUCAUGGAACCACUACUGUGUUCAAACACUAUGAUGCAGGCCAGGGCACACAUCCAGACCCGACUCGGUUCUCAAGAUGCUGUAAAUGAACAAAAGCUCACACAGGGUCUCUUGCCGGCUGUGCAUCCCCGAACACCCAAGCUUUUGGCACCGCUGACCAGCCGGCCCAGAGGCAGUGCAGCUUUACCAGCACUUAAGCACCACGUUCCCCUGAAGCCCAUCAGCCGGAGCCCCCUUUGCUCCAGGACCCGGCUGAGGAGAGAAAGGCUGUCCUGGGGCAGCCCGCGCACUGGCCCUCUGACUACCACUAAGGGCGGCAGUGAGGAGAGUGGGUCCAGCAGCAUCAGCAGCAGCAGCCAGAGUUCCAUCGAUCUGGAGGAUGAUGAGAGAGAUACAGAGGAGAGAGCCUCAGAGGACGGUGAUCUGAAGUUCGUUGGAGACAGGCAGUUGCAGCAUUCAAAGGAUGUGGCAUCCGCUGAGGCUGAUUUGGUUGAGGAGACAAGGCGGAAUUUUAAAGUUCAGUCGAGGAUCAGUCCAAUUCCACCAAUCCACAGAUCAGCACAUAACCUGCAUGGAGAGCCUAUCAAACAUGAGGGUGAUCUUCUCAGCACUGAAACAGCUAUAAACUGUCACUGUGAAGGCAAAGCCACCAAUAUGAGUUAUACAAAAGAGUCUCUUGACAAUCAUUCCUUUACAAAAUGUAACUAUGCAAAACAAGGUGAGCAUGUUAAAGAGACUGUGAACAGUGACAUGCCUGUCACAUCAGACUGUAAGGACAAGAACCGUGAGGGCUGCACUACAGACCCUGAGACUGAUAUUACACAUGUCAUUAUAUUUGAUAUGAAUGAUGACCAAGGGGAUGCUAUUGCAUGCUCUGAUGGGAACGGCAAUGAACUGCAUGUACAGCAGACAGCGAAGACAAUGAAGGGUUCCUUUGAAAAUCCAAUCCUUCACAGUGCUGAGGAUGCAAAAUUAAAUCCCAUCACUGCUGUGGGGAAAAUUCAGCUCUUUACUGCGGCAGUAAACCUUCCACCGUCAGAUGUGGAUCCCAUGACAGAUAAGAAGAUGUUGAAAGCCUUAAACCCUGCCCGGAGCAAGGAAAGAAGAACCCGCAUGAACUGUGAACUAAGAGCAAAUAAUCAAACUAACAAAUCAAACUCCUUCAACCCACUAACACAUAAAGACCAUAGUAUCCUAAGUCGGAACAAGUCCAAAAACAAUCUGAAGUACUCCUCACUUUCCACACAAGUCAAGGAUAAAACCAGGAAAAGCCCUGAGCUAAUUAUUAGUGGAGAGGCCACGGUGUGUAAAGCAAAAUCAAAGCUUAAAUCUGCAAAGAAUUGUCAUCGUAGCACUGACACCCCAUCGCCACGAAAGGUUAUUGAUCACCCACAGAGCAAAAGACCAAAUAUGAACAAGUCUAACAACAACAGAGCUCAACCAGCAGUGAGGGAGCUGAAGAGCGCCCGGCAGUUGAAGAGACUCAGUGUAACAGGGACACCAAGGUCUAAAUCUGCUCUGGACUUCAUCACCUACAAAGACAUGUUUCAGCAGAUACAGAGCACGGAUGAAGGACCAGCCAUCUAUGAGAUGUUUGCUGGCCCUAUCUAUGAUAACCUUAGGGUUUCCAGCUCCUGUGAGAAGACAAAGGACAGACAAGUGCAGUCUGCGCCAUCCAGGAAGACGCAACAGCCCCAUAAAGUCAAACACAGACCCCUGAAGCAACCUCAGUGUAAGGCGAAGAGAAGCCCAGGGGAGAACAUGGUGGUUUCAGCUAAAAGCAAAGCAAGACUUGGGUCCUCUAGAGUGAAACCUCACCUCACACCUGUAUCAAAGAAAGGUACUUAUACAGUGGUCAGUAUGCCUAAACAGGAGACCGAGUUAGAUGGCUCUAAGCAUGGUCAAAAUAGUGCGCAAGAAAAGGCUGAAGAUCAUACGUUAUAUACCAUAGAGGAGGCUCUGUCUAAAUAUGGGUCUGAACUAUUCAAAUCUGAUGACAAAACACUGACUAUGCCCAUUAAUGUGCAAGAAGUAGUUGGGAAUUCAUCAUCAGGAAACCUGAACAGAUCAGUUCCUGAGCCUGUGUUACAUCAAAGCUCCCAACAGCCAAAGAUCAACACAUGGACAUCCUCUCACAGCAGCAGCAACACCAUUAUGUCACCAGUUUACCAGAAGUUUCUGGAUGAAGUGGGAGAUGGGCCGCUUACGGAUGACCUUCUGCAGUGUCUGGCUGAGGAGCUGAUCUCACUGGAUGAGAGGGAUGUAUCCAUAGGCCCGUGUCCCGACAACCUGGAAUCGAGCAAAAAGGAGCCCAACAGAGAAGAGGAUCCUGUAUCAGGAACAAAUAUGUUUCCUGAGGUUAUUUCAACAGUCAGUGCAGGUCUGCUUGGCUCUGGGCUGGCUGUAGAUGACACCAUCACAUGGACAAAGGGUGAAGUGCUCGGCAGGGGGGCCUAUGGGACAGUGUACUGUGGCCUGACCAGCCAGGGCCAGCUGAUAGCUGUGAAGCAGGUCAGUCUGGAUACCUCUGACCCUGACACUGCAAAGAGGGAGUACAGUCGUCUGCAAGGGGAAGUGGAACUGCUUAAAACCCUUAGACACACCAACAUUGUGGGCUUCCUGGGGACCUCGCUUUAUCAGCAUAUCGUUUCCAUUUUUAUGGAGUACAUCCCUGGAGGAUCCAUUGCUAGCAUCCUGCACAGGUUUGGUCCUCUGCCAGAGCGAGUGCUGGCUCUGUACACCCAUCAGAUCCUGGAGGGGGUGGCCUACCUUCAUCUGAACAGGGUGAUUCAUCGUGACUUGAAGGGAAACAAUGUCAUGCUGAUGCCCACUGGCAUCAUCAAGCUCAUAGACUUUGGCUGUGCACGACGUCUCAGCUGCCUGAACCACACUGCAAGCAACAAUGGAGACCUGCUCAAGUCUGUCCAUGGAACACCUUACUGGAUGGCACCAGAGGUCAUCAAUGAGACAGGAUAUGGCAGGAAGUCAGAUAUAUGGAGUGUAGGUUGCACAGUGUUUGAGAUGGCCACAGGGAAACCACCACUUGCACACAUGGACAAAAUGGCUGCCUUGUUCUACAUUGGAGCUCAGAGAGGAUUGAUGCCCUCCUUACCAAAUGGGUUCUCGGAUAAUGCCAAGGACUUUGUAAAAAUCUGCUUGACAGGUGACCAGAGACUACGGCCAUCUGCAGACCAGCUCCUGAAGCAUUCAUUCAUCCCCAAAAUUGAGACUGGAGUGAACUCUUGGGAAACACAGAAAAAGAACUGCUGUGGUCAUCCACAAGGACAGUGUGGUUAACAAGGAGUUGCACUAAAACAAUAUUUCUUCAUGGGGACAUUUAUUGAUUCAAAUUAGAUUGGUAAACCAAAACACAAAGUAUUCUUUUGAGACCCUUUGAGGACCUGCCACCUAUCCCCCCCAUGUUUGGCAACAUGAGGCACUGGCCAUGUGUCCCACACCUUUUUGGACACUAAAAUACUGAGUAUAUCAAGGGUUAAGAAAAUGUAGUCAUUACAUUCUUGAGCUGAAUUUUAAAUGGAACUACAGAAGAAGCACUUUCACUUGGUACAUUAAUAGAAGCUAUAAAAUGUAACAAGAUAGAUGCCACACUUUUGUUACUGACUUUGUGGAUUUUCUAUAGCAAACUUAAAAAUGUGCCAAACUUAUAAAUACCAUAAUUUCACAUUUCUACAGUUUAACUCUAGGUCUGUCGGGUACGUAAUAUUUAGUUUCUGAUAAAGUGUCAAAUUCAUAUUGCUGCAUACAUUAUCAGCUCAUUCCCAUAACCUUCGUUUCAGAGCUUCCUGUUAGCUUUCCUCUGAGGAGUUAUUGAGGAAUCAGUGUGUAAAAAGAGACAUGCCACAGAUAAGAACUUUUCAUUACUAUAAGCUACUGUACAGACAUGUCUUCUCAAAUUCAAUCGACAAAUCAGUAGGUUAUUUUUUUACUCCUAGAGUCUAGCAACAUGCAUAUGCAGUAUGUGUAAUAAAUCGACAGCAACAACCAGAAUUUAUACUGUGUCAGGAUAGUGGCAACUUUGAAGUUUAUUUGUAAUACUGAAAUGAAAAGAAAAAAAGGUUGUAAAGAGUGGCUUAUGCUCAUUUGUCCAUAACUGCUGUUGUUCUGUGCACCCAACUGUAAAAUCCCUAAUGAGGGUACAAACAAUCCAGCCUCAGGCUUAUUGGGUAUUUUGCACACUCUAGAAAUACAGGAGUAACCCAGUCAAGAACAGAGGGGACUGGGUAAUAUCAAGAUUUUAGAACAAUAGAGUUUAAUGUAUGAAACUAAUGUAUAGAUGUGUCCGGACAGUUACAUGGCUGUAAAUAAAUUCAACCAAUUGGAUGAGGAUGUCGGUGACAAAAACUAUCAAGCUCGUCCACAUUACAGAUACUAAAGCUUUCCAACAUAUGCAGCAGGUCAUCUUGCAUAUGGCCAGUUAGUCACUGUUCUGACAACUGUUGCUGGAAUGGAAAGAGCCAACAAGUGUUUGUUUUUUUUCGUCUCCUGAAUAGUACCCUGUUAAUGAUUGAUUGAAUAAUAUUUGUAUCCCUUUCAUGGGCUGACAUCUAAAGGGCUACAGCUUCAUGUCAUGAAAUUAUGCCUGACGCACUUCAAAAUAAAAAGGGUUAUGUAAACUUUAAUAGCAAA